UUACAAGUUCUGGUUUGACUCCUAGACUUGGUUCAUUUAGUCCUGGUUAUCUAAUGCAUAUAAUCGACAACAUCCCAACUAAUUCUCCAUCUUUGACUCUUCGUUGUCAAUCUAAAAAUGACGAUCUAGGAUAUUAUACACUCAAUGUCAUUGGUCAAGAGUUCAGAUUUAAGUUUCAAGAACAAUUUGGUGGUGGUACAUUAUUCUUUUGCCAUUUUUACUGGAAUGGUAAAGACAAAGCAUUUGAUGUUUUCAAUGAUUUUAUAUCUGACCAAUGUGGAUCCCUUGGUGCUUUAGUGUCUGAAUAUUUUUGGAAAGUGCAAGAGGAUGGUUUCUAUUUUGGACCUCAUCAAGAUGCUACAUUUGAGAAGAAAUAUUCGUGGUAA